AUGAGUUCCUAUUUCGUGAACUCCACCUUCCCCGUCACUCUGGCCAGCGGGCAGGAGUCCUUCCUGGGCCAGCUCCCUCUCUACUCGUCGGGCUAUGCGGACCCUCUGAGGCACUACCCUGCGCCCUACGGGCCCGGGCCCGGCCAAGACAAGGGCUUUGCCGCUUCCUCCUAUUACCCGCCGGCCGGCGGCGGCUACGGCCGGGCGGCGCCCUGCGACUACGGGCCGGCGCCGGCCUUCUACCGCGAGAAGGAGUCGGCCUGCGCGCUCUCGGGCGCCGACGAGCCGCCCCCGUUCCACCCGGAGCCGCGGAAGUCCGACUGCGCGCAGGAUAAGAGCGUCUUCGGCGAGGCCGAGGAGCAGAAGUGCUCCACUCCGGUCUACCCCUGGAUGCAGCGGAUGAAUUCAUGCAACAGUUCCUCCUUUGGGCCCAGCGGCCGGCGCGGCCGCCAGACCUACACGCGCUACCAGACGCUGGAGCUGGAGAAGGAGUUUCACUACAAUCGCUACCUGACGCGGCGGCGGCGCAUUGAGAUCGCGCACGCCCUGUGCCUGACGGAACGGCAGAUCAAGAUCUGGUUCCAGAACCGGCGCAUGAAGUGGAAAAAGGAGAGCAAACUGCUCAGCGCGUCUCAGCUCAGUGCCGAGGAGGAAGAAGAAAAACCGGCCGAAUGA